AAAUGGGAUUUUGGGGUGGUUUGUCUAUUGAGCUUGCACGCCAAUAUUCCUCUUUUUUUUUUUUUUGGAUAAACAAUCAAUACAAAUCAAUGUGACGAUGGGUUCCUAGACUCCUAGUGAUUUGUUCAUGUGCAGUGGGAGGAAUUUGAACACACUGCAAAGGGAAACGAGAUAUUCUUUCCUCUGUUGUCAAGAAUCUGUGAACAAAGAGGAAGCCAAACAAGGCCAUUUCUUCGGAUAAAAAAAAAAAAAAAAACUUAAAUACAUCUAUAGAACCAAUAAUAUUGAAUUACGGAUUAAUUAAACACUGAUGCAUUAGGAGGCUGAAUUGUGUCAUGCCCAUGUUUGUUUCACUAUGGGAAGUUGCACCAUCAAUUCUUUCCCAAAAAAAAAAAAAAAAAAAAAAAAAAAUUGCACCUUCAAUCGAAUGGAAUCUAAUAAAGAAGCUAGGGGCAACAGCCAUUGCAACUCUCCCAAUGUUGACUAGCAGUGGCCACUUUAAACCAGAAAUCUUCAAUCAUACAAGCCAUGUAUAACUAUGUGCCUUCUUUGCUGAUAAGAUGGUGUAUCAAUUGGUGCAACCCUUGACAUGUGUUUUGGCGGUUGUGAAUAAUUCUAGUUGUUGGGUGAUAUUAAAUUGGCCUAAAGACAAGGGUUAAAAGAAUUCAAACCAGUCCAACCCUAGAUCAUUAUUAUAUAAUCAGCACUUUUUUCAUUUUGAAAUUAAAACUAAUUCGACUAUAAAUCAAUUCAACAAUUACAGGUGGCCUCUACUGACAUUUUUACAAAAAGUAGUGCAACCAUUUAUGAACCCUUUCAACUGUCGAAGGACCAUUUUUGUCCUCCUCUUUUUGUCGUCCUCUCUUUUUCUGCGCUCUUCCUUCAAAAUUCUGUAAGCAAACUUUUGUGUGUGUGUGUGUGUGUGUGUGAAAGAUGAAGAUAGAGAGUGUGAAGCUAAGUGAAGGUCUGAGUCAUGGUGAUGAUCGUCAUGUCCACAAUGUGGUCAAGAAGAAGGUCGUGGAGAAGGAAGAGCAAGGUUAUGCUUGCAAAUGGCCAACAUCAGAGCAGAGUCUCAAAUCUAUGGAACACAAUUUGAAUCUGACCCAGUUGUCUAACAACCCAUCAACCCUCUCUCCCUCCAUUUCUUCCAUGGGUAAACGAAAGAAGCCCAAUGAAAUCAAAGACAAGAUGUCUCCAAUGAAGACCAGGAAACAUUGUCGUUUGAUAUCAAAGCAUGCAGGACCCGAUCAUGCAAGAAAGUUCUGUAAGCGAAAAAAGGCUACAAGUAAUGCAUUAAAUAGUCCUGGUGAAGUUAAGUCAUCCACUAUUCUUCGAGCAGAGGAGGUUCAAUCCAGUCUAGGCACUAAAUUUCCUAGCUUUGUGAAACUAAUGGUCAAAUCACAUGUUUCCCGUGGUUAUUGGAUGCGCAUUCCUAAGCCAUUCUGCAAGUCGCACCUACCAAAAGACGAUGUUAUCAUCAUUUUGGAAAAUGAAAGUGGGGAACAAUUUGAGUUAAAAUUCAUUGCAGAUGACCAAGGUCUUAGUGCAGGGUGGAGGAAGUUUUCUAUUCUACACAAAUUGCUUGAGGGGGAUGUUUUGGUCUUCCAAUUAACAGAAGUUAACAAAUUCAAGGUGUACAUAAUAAGGGCAAAUGAUUUUACUGAGGUAGAUGGUGUUCAUUUGGAUGCUCAUACGAAAAAAAAUGUUGCAGUUCUUGCAGGUUCCAAAUUCUCCGGUUCUUCUGAUGGAUUUGAAGUCAUCAAAAGCAUUGAAGACUUCAAAAUUACUGUAAAUAGGUUAUUUAUCAAUUCUGAGCUCCCGGAACCCAUAUGGACCAAGUACUAUGAGCUCUGCUGCAGUAAGAAUUCAUUUCUUCAUGCUCAUCUUGUCCAGGGCCUCAAUUGUAAUUUGGUUACUGGUAUUAUCUUUGAAACUGUCAACAUUGCUGACGCCCUAAGAGGUUGCAAGCUUACCACCUCAAGGGACGAAUUUGUGAAUUGGGAGAAGACCUUGAACUCUUUUGAAGUUGUGGGCAUGAAUGUUGGUUUUUUACGCGCUCGGCUGCACAGGCUUCAGACCCUUGCCUUUGAAUCAGAAAAUGCCUUGAAGGCAGAGAGGUAUAUAGAGGCUAAAACUCAACAUGUUAGAGCAGAAAAUUGGAUAAGAGAUCUGGAAGCAAAGCUUGUGCAAUUGAAGAAGGCGCCUGAAAAGAUUAAUGCUGAUACUGAGACUCUGGAGUCAAAAGCUGAGAGCUAUAGACUCAAGUUUCAGAAAGAAGUUGGUACUCCAUGGUAAUUUUUGUAUUUUCUUAAAUAUGGUCACAUGUAAAUAUGUUUCUGAUAGUUUACUUUCGUAGUUGUGGCCAUAACUUCUACUCACAUUGUUGCAUUAGGUUAUCAACUUACUGUAAAUCUUCGGAUCGCACAUUAUAACAAUACUGCAAGGAUGAUGGUAGUGGCAUAAAUUUUUGUUAAAAUC